AUGUCGGCAGCCAGCACUGAAGACGUUGUUCCCAUCACCGUGGAGUUCAGUGGUGGACUAGAAAUGCUCUUUUCAAAUGAACGAAAGCACAAGCUUUCAAUAGCAGCAAAGGAUGAAUCUGGGCUGAAUUCAAACGUUGCUUUCCUUGUUCGGUAUCUGUGCGACAACCUUAUGAAAGACCCGAGAAAAGAUCUUUUCGUACUUGACGGUACCGUGUGCGUUGUACCCGAGCACGUUUUGAGUCCAGCACUAACUAUACAAAGACGGCCGGGCAUCCUAGUCCUCAUUAAUGAUGCCGAUUGGGAGCUUGAGGGCGAAGACAAGUACGAAAUUCAGAAAGGCGAUAACAUCCUAUUCGUGUCGACGCUUCAUGGUGGUUGA